AUGAAACAUCUAACGGCCAUGCAGAAACAAAGCCACCAUCACCCACGGAAAACGGUAUUUUCGCCAAUAAUAAAGCUGACAAGAGCACUGAAGAGGGCAUCCCGAACAAUGAUCCGGCGGCUGAUGGUGCAGGGACACGAAAAGAGAAACAAAAUGAAAAUAAAGAAGCCAAUCCGAAGGAAAGAGUACUGGCCACAAAAGCCACAACGGGGGGCACGCCGACGACUGGCGACAGUGACGGCAACACCGCGGUCUCCCACACCACCUCCUCUCUUUUGCUUCUUGUUGUUGCGUGUACGGCUGCGGUGGUGGCCGCGUGAGAGUGAGUGUGAGAGAGCCGUGCACCGCCCGCACACACACGCGUCCUUCUCUCUCUGUGUGUGUGUCCCCUUGCAUGGACUCUCGCCCUCACCUCACCCCACGAGACACACACAAUAA